AUGGGUUCCAUAGAGGUAUACGAUUAUAAACAAGAACAAUGGGUACAGGAUAAACCGGACCCGAAAAAGUGGUUACAACAUUUCAAAGACUUGAGGGACGGAUACGUAAGACCAGAUCAUAUUGGCCGUUACAUUGUAGGUAGCGGUGCUCAUCUUAGGAAAAUGGCCGAAUUAAAAGAGGAGCGAAAAAGGGAAGCAAUGAAACAAGAACAAAAAGGGGAAGAUCACCAAAUAGAGCCAAGUAAAAGAUACUAUAUAUGUGGCUGUCAGCAGAUCUAUGCCUUGGGAAGCAUCAACGAUGAAGAUGGACGUAGAAGCUCUUCCAAAUAUAGCAACAUAUAUCCUAGCAACAGAUACAUGUUCAAAGCUGCGUCUUCUUCAGCACAGAAUACAUGGACCAUUUCCAACCACCAUUAUAUAUCCCGGUUUAUACAUUCCUCAGCUCUCUUUACAGACUUAAAUCUUUACCAGGACUGUUUGAUUAAGCGUUCAUUUCAUUCGACAGUCUACCUAGCUAAAGAAGAAACAGUUGUAGAAAAGGCAUUAAAAAAUUUGAAAGACAAGAAUGCAAAGGAAAAAGUUAAACCUAAAGCACCUAUACCAGUUCCACAGAAUAGAUUUAGAGUCUAUGCUUUGAAAAUUUAUACAAAAUGGCAGAAAUUUAUAACAUUCGUAAGAGAACAUGGAUUUCGUGGAGUUCUGAAACAUAUGUGGGAAGAAAUGAAAUUCUAUAAAGAUGGACUUAAAUUGUUCUGGAAAGACUUGCGUAUUUGUAUACCACUUAGUUAUAAAUACUUAACCAAAGGAAGGUCAUCAUUAACUAGAAGAGAAUAUAGAUUGUUAAAACAGACAUUGGUAGACUUAUUACUGAUGUUCCCCAUAUUGCCAACCUUGAUCAUACCUUUUAUGGAGGUACUGAUUCCUGUCUUCUUGUGGAUUGGGAUGAUCCCUCAAGUUUUUGUAUCAAAGGAAGCUAGGGAUACAAAAAUGCGUGCCAAGCUACAGAGAAAAAUUGAAUCAGCUAAACUGUUGGUAGACAGCCUUCAUAAUAUGCCACUGAAGGCUAAGAGUAAAAAGGAUGACACAGCAUCUAGUGUGCAAGAAUUUACAGAAUUUAUGCACAAGGUGAAAAGCAGUGAAGUGAUACCAACUAUAUCAGAGAUACUGAAGUUUUCUCGACUGUUUGAGAACAGUUUGACUCUAGAUGAUCUCAGCAUCAGGCAGUUACAGGGACUGUGUAAGCUCCUUGGUAUCGGCUUCCUUAGUGACAUACCUAAUGUCAGGGUACUCCGAUUUCAGAUUGAUACUCGAAUGAGAGAACUUACAGUGGAUGAUAAGUUUAUAUUACGUGAUGGUAUUGAUAGUCUGACAACAGAGGAGCUUCAGGGUGCUAACAGAGCUCGUGGUAUGAGAGCACUUGGUAUAUCUGAGGAUAGGCUAAAACUACAGCUGGAACAUUGGCUUGAACUUCAUCUCAAGGAACAAGUACCUACUAGUCUUCUACUGCUAUCAAGAGUUAUGUACCUUGAUGAAAACCUGACUCCUGCAGAACAACUCAAACAGACCAUUUCAUCUCUUCCCGAGACUACUGUUGACAAAGCUAAAGUUACGUCCGCAGAGUCGAGUGGUGAGAAGGUGGAUAAGGCAACAAAGAUUAAAGUUCUUGAAGAGGAGACUAAGGCCAUCCAAAUGGAGAAGGAAGAAGCGGCUGAGGAAGAGAGAUUGGCAAAAGAGAAAUUGGAAAAACAACAUGAGGAAGAACGUCAAGCACGUCAUGCUGCAGAGGAAGAAGAAAAACGAAAACUGGCAGAACUUACAUUACAGAAGAUGGAAAAUCAACAAAUCAUUGACAAGCUUGCUCUUCAACUUAAGGAGGAGAGAGAGAAAAGUAUGGAUACUGCAAUGAAGGCUGAAAGGGAACCAGAACCUGAGCCAGAAGUAGAAGCUCCUGUAACAAUGGAACCAGCCGUAAAGGAACAGGAUAUUACAGAAGAUGUUAUACCAGAGCUAGAUAUGGCUGAACCAAUCAUUGAACAGCCGUCUGAAGAACCUGUAGAUAAAGCAGAGAAGAUAGAAGAAGAUCAAGAUAUUACAGCCCAGGACCUUGGAGAUAUUGAAAAAGCUAUUGAAGACCAAGCACAACAUUAUAAAGAUGAAAUAGCCGAAGUGGCAGAGGAAUUAGAUGAGUACAAAGAGGAUGUUGAGGAUAUAAAAGCAUUGUGUUUGAAGACUGAUUAUGAAAAGGAAAUAGAAGAAACCUUUAAUGCUAAAUUAUUGCUGAAACGUAUGGACAAGGUACUGAAACAGUUUGACACGUCGAUAUCCAAACUUCAA